GGAAAGGAAGUCGUUGAAAUCUAGUAAAAGUUCCAGAAGCUGCCUUGGAUAGAAAUUGAAACAGUUCUUCGCUUGGAAAAUAUUUGCAUGAUUUUCCAGUAUUUCAGGCCAACCCAUCCUAAGAGCGCCAAAGAAUGUGACAGGGACCCGGAAUGGGGACGUGACAUUACAGUGUGUCUAUACUCCCAUGAGAGGCUACAGUCAAGAGUCUGUGAAAUGGCUGGUACGACAUGGCUCUGAUCCAGUCACCAUCUUCCUACGUGACUCCUCGGGAGACCAUAUCCAACGGGCCAAAUACAGAGGCCGCCUGAAAGUGAGCCAGAAACUUCCAGGGGAUGUGUCUCUCCAACUGAAUUCCCUUCAGAUGGAUGACAGGAGUCACUACACAUGUGAGGUCACCUGGCAGAGCCCAGAGGGAACCCAAGUGAUGAGAGAUGAGAUUAUAGAGCUCCGUGUCCAGAAAUACCCCUCUAAUCCAACUAUAAUCAAUGUUGAAGCACUUACAACCAUGCAAUCCCCCUUGGAAGCAACAACUACAGUGAAGUCAACCUGUGACUGGACCACUAAGGAGAAUGGAAAAUUUAAGGAGACCACUGUUGGCCCAGUGGAUGAAAAACAUGAGAGGACCACUGCUGGCCCAGGGAAUGAAAACCAUAAGGAGACCACUGUUGGCUCAGUGAAUGGAAAACAUGAGAGGACCACUGCUGGCCUGGGGAAUGAAAACAAUAAGGACAUCAUUGAUGGCCCAGGAAGGAACCUGAAAGUCUUUCUCAUCAUCUGCAUCACCUCCCUUUGCUGCAUAGUGGUUGUCACCACGGCUUAUUUUAUCUUCUGCCACAGGACAUUCCAGCAAGAGUAUGUCUGUGAACUAAACAGGGUGUGUGCCAAGGAGACCAGAAACUCUGGAGAAACCACAGAGGUGACUACCUUCACAAAUGGGUACUUCAGUGACGAACCAGAUUCCCAUGCUCUGAUCAAUGACUAUUUUGAUGAGUCCUUGCCUGGGCCAGGAGUACUAGAUAACCACCCAGAUUGACGAUGACUAUUCAUUCCUGCCUGCUUCACACAGUUCCUCGAAACUACUAAGUUGUCGCUACCGAAGACAAUAGCAUCUGCUAAAAUGUUACAAGUCAAGGUCUACUGACAUAAUUGCCUAUGAUUAUUUAGCUCUUUAAGACUUUUUGCUUGCUUCCUUUCUUCCUAGACAACCUAAAGUAUCAACUCUGCCAUUGGUGGGGCCACUGGGAAAUCCUGGUUUGGCUAAGAAUUUACCAUGUGCCCCUCAAGAAAGCUAGCUUCUGAGUUUGGCCCUGGACCCUUCUAUGUUCCUGCCCAGGGCCUCCACACCUCCUCUGAAAACACUAGAGAAUUUCCCAUAGCACUAAAGGUUCUUUUUCAUGCCUCAAAGCAUCAACAGAAAAGCAGGUGAAUGAGGCUCAGUCCUAACAACUCAGGCAAUCAUCUGUGUUAAUUAAUUAAUAUUGCCAAAUCAAAGACCAAGGUACACAUCUGUUCCUACACUGCAAACCUAAUGUUCUUGUGUUCUA